AUGUCUGGCUACGGUGACUACAAUCAAGGCUACAACCAAGGCUACAACCAGGGCGGUUACGGCCAACAGGGCCAAGGCUAUGGCCAGCAGGGCUAUCCCCAGCAGGGCUACCAACAGGGUGGCUACGGACAAGAGUACGGACAACAGCAGCAGCCCAACUACCGCCAGGGUCAGCCUGCCUCCAACGACUACUAUAACUCCGGCUCUCAACAGCAAUACGGUGGCCAGCAAGGUUACGGUCAGCCUCAGCACCAGUACGGUGAGCAGCAGGGCUAUGGCCAAGACCAGCACCGCGCUGGUUAUGACCAGCAACAAGCCCCAGGCGCAGAGGGCGAGCGUGGUCUCGCCGGUGCACUUGCCGGUGGUGCCGCAGGUGGAUUUGCAGGCCACAAGGCCAACCACGGUAUUCUUGGCACAAUCGGUGGAGCCAUCAUUGGCAGCAUCGCCGAAGAUGCCAUGAAGAAGCACAAGCGUGAUGCCAGCCCCGCCAACCAGGGAGGUCCUUAUGGCCCUCCUCAGUCUCAGCACGGCGGUGGCGGUAUGAUGGACCAGCUCGGCAGCUUCUUCAAGAAGUAA